AAAUUUUAUGUGGUGGUGACUUGUGAGGUGAUAACUUCAAACAAGCUUUCUACAACCUUAAUGGUUUAAUUUUAAUAUCAGUCGACUCAGUCGACGUCGUACCAUUUGUGAUUCAUGUUCUAGUCUUAAAUAAUAAUAAUAGUAAUAAAUUAGAUUCUUUUCAAUACAACAAUAAUAAUUUUAUUCAUUUCACCGACUUUUUUUGUAUUUUGAUAUUUCAUUCUAGUAAAAGGAAUUUUGACUAUAUGUAAUUUCACCACCAUUCACUUGUUGCAAUAAUGGAUUUUCACACUUUACUCUACCAGGCGCAAAAAAACAACACAAGAGACAAAGAAGUUAAAUAUUUCAAAGCAUCAUUGGAUCCACCAAAAAAAGAAACAAAAGAAAGUAGGCAAUUGUCUGAUAGUAUAAAGAGGUUUUUAGCAAAAAAAGAUGAAGAAGAUAGACUCAAACAAAUAGAAGAACAGAAGAAAAAAGAUGAAUUGAUAUUGUUGCGUAGUCAAGAUAGAAAAUCAUUCAAAAGAGUUCAGUCUAUGUUAAACCGAACAAAGUCAGCAAAUAAAUCAGUUAUCGAAGAUGCUAAAGAUGAUGUUAAUACAUCUGUUACCAUGGCUGGAUUUAAUCAACCAGACGAAGAUGACUAUGGAUAUGUUUCUAAAGAUGCCAUGGCCAUCUAUAACAAUAUUAUGAACAAAUAUGUAAAUACUCCAGCUGAUACAAGAAAUGUAAAAACUGCUAAUCACAGAAGUCACGACAUUUCUGGUACUAAAGAUCGUGUUAGAGCAGCAUUGUUGAAAGAAGAAGAAGAUCAAUUACUGCCACAUAAAAGAAAAAGAAAACCUAAGGACGUAGAGAAUGGUGAAGAUUAUCAAGAAAGUGUUGAACCACAGCAAAAAAAAUCCAAAUCCGAUAGUAAUACAGAGAAAAUUAAAAAACGACCAGCACAACCUCCGCCAUUAAAUUUUCAAGAAUUACUUAAAAUUGCUGAAAAAAAACAAUUUGAACCUAUAAUUAUUGAAAAACCUAAAAAAGAAGAACCUUUACCUAUGAUGACUAAGAAAGAAAGACAAAAAUAUUUAGAAGAAAAGAGAAUUGAAGAAAUAAGACAAGCUCGGCGACAAGGCAAGUGCUUACCUAUUACUGAUAAGCCCAAAGAAAUUAAACCAACUGAAAGAAUUCAAAAAUCCUCUGCCUCUUCUUCUAAAGUUGAUUUGCAAGCAGAAGAUAAACUGAAAAAGAAUGCUUCUGUUUGGUCUAAAGAUUUAAAAAUCAGUAAAGAGCUAAAUAAUAAUAGUAAAAAUGAUAAAUAUGUACCUAGGCCAUUAAAUAAUUCUGAAAGUUCACGAAUGAACUCGAAUGGGAAUAGAACCACAUCUAAAAGUUCAUUAGAACAAAAUAUGUUGAACGAAAAGAGGUAUAGUUCUAACGAUGAACGUUAUUCACCAAAACCAAGAUCAAUCAAUGAUCAAUAUAUACCCAAAACUAAAAAUUCUAUUGAAAAUAAUUUUUCACCAAAACCUAGAGGUAUCCCAAACAAUGAUAGAUAUGUAUCUCAAUCUAGAAGUUCAUCAUCUGACAAGUAUUCACCAAAACCCAAGAGUUCAAUGGUAUCUGAUAAAUAUGUUUCAAAACCAACCGCUGUUGAAAGAUAUGUGCCUAAAUCUAGAAGUCCGCCAUCUGAGAAGUAUUCUCAAAAACCCAAAAGUGUAAUGCCUUCGAAUAAAUAUAUAUCAAAGUCAACUCCUACUGAAAAAUAUGUGCCUAAAUCGAGAAGCCCACCAUCUGAUAAAUAUUCUCCAAAACCUAAAAGUUUAAUACCUUCUGAUAAAAAUUCCUCAAAACCAACACUAACUGAAAGAUAUGUGCCUAAACCAAAAUUCUCAGCAGAUGAGAAAUAUUCAUCGAAAGUUAAAAGUACUGUACAACCAGAAAGAUAUGUGCCCAACAAGGUAAAAAGCUCAUCUUCCACAGAACAGUAUAUACCUAGUGCAGUUAAGAAUUCAACUGAAAAAUAUAGUCCUAGACCAAUGUCAUCUCAAAGCGUGAAAUCAAAACCUACCAGUUCAAAUGAUAGAUAUGUCCCAAUGCCAGUAGAUAAAUCUAAAAAGUUACCAGCCGGUAAUAAUAUUAAACCUAGACAACCACCACCUAAGGAAAUGGCAUCCAAACAAUUUCCUCCCAGAGAUAUGAAACCUAAGCAGUUUCCACCCAGAGACAUGGCGCCUAAACAGUUUCCACCCAGAGACAUGGUGCCUAAGCAAUUCCCACCUAGAGAUAUGGUCCCUAAACAAUUUCCACCUCCUGAUAUGAGAAGGCGAGAUGAUCGGCAUAUGCCGAUGCGCAACAAACGUCAAGUUAUUGAAUCAGAUUCGGACGAGUAUGAUUCUGAAUUGGAUGAUUUUAUUGACGAUGGACCUGAAGAUGAUGCCGAUUACUCCAAAGUUAUUUCAGAAAUUUUCAAAUAUGACAAAUCAAAAUAUAGAGGAAUGGAUGAAGAUGAUGAAUGCAUGGAAUCUGAUUACCGUACUCUUCAAAAAGAAGAGUAUAAAAGUACUAGAGCUGGGCUUUUGGAAGAUUUGGCAGAUAUCCGAAGAGAAAAACAAAUGAUGAAAAGAAGAAAAAAACUCUAAUUUUGGAAUCAUUUGUAAUUUUGAUAUAUAUAUUUUUGUUACCUUAAUUUGUAUAAUCUUGUUUUUUUAAGGUUUACUAACCUUUACAAAGACAUAUUUGUGGUAUAAUUAUGUAUAUAGUGUAUCUUGUUAUUCAUUCAAAUCAUUUUGCUUAUGCUACAACAAAAUUACUUACAAAAAAUUUACUUAUUAGCCAAUAUUUGGUAUUUUGCUUUUCUUAGUAAUACUUGGUAUUAAAUUUAAACUUAAUUUGCUUUUUGUAUAUUUUACACACAUUUCUUAUUGUCUCAUUUUUAUAUACUCAAAAUGCUCAUCAUUUUCUUUUGAUUUUGUAAAAUUAUUAUUUUAUUUAGACCCAAUACCCUUUAAAUAUAAUAUUGUUUUAUUUAUCUUUUUAUGAUUAUCAUUAUUUUUUCCAAUAUUUGAGUAAUACUUAAUUAUAUUAUUGUUUGAUAAUUUGAGAUUAUGAGUACUAUCGUAAUCAACUAAUAAAUAAUAAUGAAUUAUUUUAUACUAUGCAUAUUAAUUAAUUUUUGAAUAUUUGCAUGAUUUCUAAUUUUGGUUAUUUUUUCACUCUGAAAACGUAAUAAUAAUAUAAUUAUUUUAAUUUUAAAUAUUGCAAUAAAAUAAUAUUUGGAUUUGAGGGGUUGCAUUAUAGCCAAAAAUAUUCAAGUCUAAAAAGAUUUCAGUCAAAUCAUGGUUAGUUAAUAAUUUGUUUGGAAAUUAAAUUGUGUCGUUUAAUUAAUUUAAGUUUAAAAGACUUCAGAAAAUAUCCAUAAUAUGUUAAGUGUCAAUCAAUAGGGAUGUUAAUAAUCAGUUAAUUUAAUUAUUGUUUUUAAAAACUGUUUUAAUCAUUGACUAUGUUGGUAAAUAAAGUAUUAUUUUAAUUUUUAGAUAUAUAUAAUAUAUAUAUAUUAUGUAAUAACUAAUAAGUAAUAAUGAACAGCAUGAUGUCAUAAUAUAUUUAGGUUAUAUACUUCAAAUUGUUUAUGUAUUUUUGUAUAUAUAAAUUAUUUACAAUUUAACUGUCCUUAAUUUAUUAACUUUACUUAAUUUUCAGUUCUUACAGAUUUUAGUAAUGCAUAUAUUAAUGGUAAAUUUUUCAACUUAUAUGCUUUUGUUUUUCUUCUUCGUAUUAUACAUAACUCAUUGUUAUAGUUAGUUUGGAUAAUAUAUUUUUGUAAAUUUAUAGGCUGACAUUUUGUUGAAUUUUUUUAGUAGGGGGAUUGGGACAAGCAUUAUCCAAAGUCAAGUGUAAACUGUACCUUGAUACCUAUUUACAUGGUUUAUAUAAGUAAAAUUCGAUUGAGGCGAGGCUAAGCUCCAUUGAUGUCUGCCUAAACUUGUAAUAUAAAAUGACCGAAUUUUUUUUUAUUAAGUGAUGUGUAAAAUGAAUAUUAUGAAUAAUUGUUAAAAGCAUGUGGGUUAAUAAUUAGUGUUUAAGUAAAUGAUUAUUAAUUAAUAUUGUAAAUAUAAAAAAAAGUUUGUGAUUGAAUUAGGAAAUAUUAAAUUGUUAUUAUUUUUAUUAUAUUGUAUAUAGGUAAUAAUGUAAUAUUAAGUAUUUGUUUCUGUUUUUAAAUAAAAAUAUAUUAUACCAUA